AUGGGGCGGCGGCAAAUCACGAACCGAGCCAUGCUCCAGCAGCUGGACGCGCUGGUUGACGCCAUGCACCGAGGCCACUAUGCCCUCGACACCUUCAGAUGCCAAACGAGUUGUCUUCACCAAGAGGAGGCGUCAUCCAGCAAUGGACGGAUCAUCGUGAAUCGUCGCCGGCCUGUGGCUUCUUCUGUUUUCUCCAAAGUAGAUUCUGUAAAAGAUCUCUGUUUUCCCAGUGCAGCAACCAGUAGAGAGAUUUCAGAAGAAAUGCAGGAGGUGCUUGACCGCCUGAGCGCCAUGAUCGCCGAUGCCCAUGAGCUAGUCCUGUUCUUGGCGAACGACAACAGUCGUGGCAUUGACCGCCAGCCUUACAGCAUGUAUCUCCUGCUGGGCAACUGCAUGUUUGGUCGCCAGAUUGAAGCACAGCUUGUCAUCGACUUCCUGUUGUAUGCACAACAUUCUGGUGCCGAAGAACCAGCGGUGCUGCCGAUCGUCGGUCCCUUCAGGGUCGGCAAGAGCACGCUAGUGGCCCAUGUCUGCAAGGAUGAAAGAGUCCGUGGUCAUUUCUCAGAAACCGUGUUCUUGAGCGACCAUGACUUUCAAUAUGAUGGGCUAGCAGCUUUCAGAGAAGGAUUAUGUGCAAUGAGACAGCAAGAUUGCGGCACGUCACAUUAUUCUUCCAACAAAGAUGGGGCGACAAGGAGAUUGCUUCUUGUUGUGGAGGUAGGUGGGGAUCUGGACGAAGAUGUGUGGAACAGGCUGUACUCUGCAUCUAAACAUUGGAUGCCCAGAGGUAGCAAGAUCAUACUUACAAGCCGUUCUGACAAGAUCGCAAAGCUUGGAACAACACAGGCUCUAAAUCUGAAGCCCCUGUCGCAUGAGGCCUACUGGUAUUUCUUCAGGACGCUUUCGCGUUCGGGGCGCGAACCCCAUGUCACACCCAAGGCAGCUCACCAACCUGGCAAUGGAGAUUGCAGCGACGUUGAACGGGAGCAUGAUCAUCGCCAACGUAUCCGCCCGCAUGCUGAGGGACAGCUUCAGCGCGCCAAUUCUGGAGGAAGUUUGCGGCGUUCAUGA